AAAACAAAUACCAGGAAGUGAAAAAAUGAACGGAAAUGUUCACUUGUAUUAGAUUGUCUAUUUUAUAUCAUUCAAUAUCUCAAUAAGAACUGAUUCUAAUUACGGAUUGAACGAAAAAUUAAGGAUUGGAAAUACAGAAUGUCUCUCUUAGAUGAAUCCCCACCGCCCUCGUACGAUUCCAUUUACGGACAACUUAAGGAAGCAAGGCAUACUACAGAUGGCAAUGUUAGUUUUGCUAAGAGAGGUUUUACAAUUAUCCUUGGAUCUACAAUCUGUACAUUUCUGCUUGUCCUGUUUCUAUCGAUACCAAUUGCUUGUAUAGUCAUAGGAAGCUUGUACCUCCAUGAUUGUCCAGCACAACGGUUAAUUCCUAUCUACUUAAUAGUAGCAGGUGCUUUCUCUCUUGUAAAAGAUCUGUCUAGUUUGCUACAGAAAUGUAAAGCCAAGAAAACCGAGGAGGAGCAAGAAGCAGGUGCACCAACAAAUUUCUUUGAUGGAUUGAUUGGUUGUUUUCUAUUUGCUUGGUUUAUUUGUGGGAACGUAUGGAUAUACAGUACACACAACCAUUUCUCGACUGAUUCAACUAAAGCAGAUUUCUGUGAACCAGUACUGUUUUAUUUCUCCUUUUGGUUACUCAAUGCUACUUACAUCCUUAUUGGAAUAUCUUGUUUAUUGUGUUGCUGUGGUGCCAGUUUCGCUUGCUGUGCAAAGGAUGACUGAUACAUAAAGUUACUAACUUUGA